UAUAACACCAUGUUAAUAUAAAUGUAGGUCAAACGUCGUAAGUUCGAAUGUUUUAGAAGAAAUAUAAAUAGCAUUGACAUUGUUUGCGUAGAUACGACGGCGCAAUUAACUUUCUUUUUAUUCUUCUGUGAUUACAGGUAACACAGAACCGUCAAGUACGAAGAGAUCGGACAUAGCUGUAUGUUUAUCUAAUGUUGAUAUCUAAACAAUAGAGAAAAAUUGGUAUGGAAAGUUUCCAAGGACUUUCCGAUCGUGUGAGGAGAGUUUUCUCAGAGACAGUUCAGCUGGGACUACAGCCUACAGUAAAGGAUUAUGAUGUCCCACAACUGUUAAGGGAACCAGGCGUUAUCAGGGGUUACAGAAAAACUCAUCAACCAUUCCGGUAUUAUCUCAUCAGUCUUUUUCAAAUUCACAAUGAAACUGUCAACGUUUGGACACAUAUUGUUGGUUUCUUUGUCAUUUGGUUCACAAUGGCAGAUUAUUACGAAAAACUUGAUUUCUGGAAUAAUAAACAUUCAUGGGCUAUGUUAGUUCUAGGAUGUUGUGUUCUAAUCGCUUGCUUUGUCAGUUCUUGUGUUCAUCUUUUGCAUUCCAAGUCAGAAAUUUGGCAUUAUAACGCAUUUAUGAUUGACUAUAUCGGUGCUGCAUUAUAUGCGUACGGAACAGGUGUCAUGGCCUUUUACAUAUGCUCAGACAGAGAGACAUACUAUGCUAUUGAAAAAUAUUACUUUCCAAUUUUAUGGUUUUAUUCAUUAUUCAAUUACGCUGCUAUGUGCUUCGCCAAGGUUUACUACGGUUGUGAUACCCACAACAGGAAUAGGAAAUUGAUAAUGGUGACUGCAAUGGCUGGCCAUGCGAUAAUGCUAACGAUACCAAUGGGACCAAGAUACAUUAACUGCUAUAUGGAUGAGACAUGUAGUCUUUCAUCUUUAAAACACCUUACACGUUGUUAUAUUCUCUUUGCACUUCAAGCCUUUUUCUUUGCCAGUCAUCUUCCAGAGGUUUUGAGCCCAGGAAAAUUCGAUAUUCUUGGACAAGGACACCAGAUAUUCCACGUGCUUUCGACCAUUUGCCAAUGCGCACAAUUCAACGGAAUAUACCACGAAAUACACACAGGUCACGCCGCUCACGGUGAUCCUGAUCUUCCACACUUGAUAUUUUCUACAAUUAUGUUGAUAAUUGUUCAGAUUGUUGUGAUGCAGUUUAUGCGAAAAAUGAUUCCAGUCAAAUCGACUAAAUCCAGCUAGAUUAGUAUUUCGUCGGUGGUGCUAGAUUAAUUGUCAACAGCUUCCAGAACAACUGUUUUACUUCAUCGCAUUGUAGAAAUGUGUUUCACGAGCAAGACUGUAGAAACCUAAGGUUGUUUUUAUUCGCUUCCUUGUGUUUCAAUUUAUAUUUUUAGACGGGGUUUAAUAUAUCUUUGCUUAGUUGAGUAAGUUCAAUUGAAAUGGGAAACAAAAAAUGAGACAAAAGAUGUAAGCCUGAUAGCUUAUGGUGAAUAACAAAUUGUUUUAAAGUUAGCUUUCUUUUCCUAUCUAUAUUUUUGUUUAUAUCGGGUUGUAUGACCGUCGGCAGUAUUCGGAAGUAACCACGGUGGUUAUUUGGGUGGCUUCUAGAAUAAAAUAUAAUGUACGAAAUGCUUGUAGAUAUUAUCGAAUCUAUGCAUCGUAAAUUGUUUUAAGAAUUAUACGUUUUAGUAUGUUGUAAAUCAAUUACGAGUAUUUGAGUCAAAUCGGUGAACAUGAAAUUGACAGUUAAUGGACCUUUGUAAGUUUGAUCAAGAUUUUUUUCUUCAUGUUUUUGCGCAAUUGUUAAUAAAAAAUGUACAGGAAAAAAACUAUGUUUAUUAUGUAC